AUGAAAUCUAAUGAUUCCACAGUAUUCCAUUUGGACCUUUCUCACAAAAUGUAUAUUAUUCAUACAGGGACUUGGUACUUGUCUGUGAGCCCGACGACUAUAAUCGGGGAAAAUAACGUUACCCUCUCCUGCGAUUACCAUGAAAUCUCUAAUAGAAAUAAUAUUAUUCCUGAAGUGGUUAUGGAAAUCCGACAAAACAACAACAGAGAUUGGAAAGAACUUGCAAAGACUAACAUCACAGGGUCAUACAUCCUCAAAACGUAUCAGAACUUGGGAAUUUAUAUUUCUCCUUACAGUUGUUCUGCAGAUAGCUCUUAUAUAUCAUGCAGUGUAAGGAUUGUUAUGUCGUUUACACUGAGCAGAUGUACAAUUGACCCUCACUCCUACUCAGUCUUCCGAUGUAAAGUGUCCAAUGGAAGUCAAUCUCCAAAAGAAAUUCAGCCCCUUACUAUUAUAAAAAGCAGCGGGAAAAGACCAGGAGAUGUGGUACAGCUACAAUGUAUUGGAGAAAUUGAAAAUAUAAACGGCAUACCUAGCGAAAACAUCAGAUGGUGCAAAAAAAUUAAAGGAAAGUUUACUAAAAUAUCUCUACAAGACCCUCCAAAGACCGUCUUCGUAUCGAGCAGCAAAGAUGGAUGCACAAAUAUACAGAAAUCUGAGAUAUUUUACCACAUCAUGCAAAGUGAUGUAUACCUAGAAAUAAUAUGUGAAUCUGGCUACAAUAAAUUCACAAGGAAAUGUGGAAAAGGAACUGUAAAUUCAACGCAAUUGAUAAGAACAAACACCGAAGAAGAGGGACAAUGGAAAAUAUCACCUUUAUUGAUUUACGACGAAAAUGGAGUCAUAGAUGAACAAUAUUUCAACACUCAUGGCAUUGGUAGAACCUUUCAUCUACUUUGUAGUGCUUCCUCCUUCACAUCCAACGAACAGAUAAAUACGAUUAAUUGGUGUGUUAAAAAGACAGACAAGGCAAACUGGACCAAAGUCGUUUCACAAGAAGAUGAAAUAAAGUCUUCAACAAAUAAUAGUGGAGAAAUCAUAAUGUUCAGUAGAAUAACCUAUCAUAUAACGGAGUAUGACAAGGUGGUGACCUUUACCUGUGAAAUUUCUGCUUCAUCUUCCAGCUCGUGUGGAUCUGGACUAAGUUUUUCAAGUCGUAAUAUUUGGAUAAAUGCCCACCAAACAAUGCCAUCUGAAACAAAUAGAAGUUCUGCCUCUGUUGCCGUUUUAUCCGUUUUGCUGUGUUUGGUUCUGAUAGCAGUUGUUGCUCUUGUCGUAAUAACAUACAGAAGAGGAGAAUUGACCACAUUUGACACUAAAAAUGAAAAAGAAUUUGAAGAUGAUACACAAGGGUUGUACGAAGAACCGGAAUGCAAUUUGGCGGUUCGAAGACUAAGCUUUUAUGAAAAUGAAGCUUUGAAAAACGAAAAAUUGAAUGAAGUAGAAACAACAAAACACAUGGUUGAAUCUGAAAUAUGUGACUACGAUGAGUUGCAAAUUGAAGGAGAACAACAAGACUACGAAGAUCUGAAAUUAUAA